AUGAAAAUCUUGAACGAGAAAGGCCUGGCCCACUUUGCUACUUCCGGUGCUCCUGCAGACAAACAGGGCUACUUGCACAAGAAAGGGGAGCUCAACAAAGGCUUUCAGAAAAGAUGGUUUGUGCUCAAGGGAAAUCUGCUGUUUUACUAUGAAAAGAAAGGCAGCAAGGACCCUCUUGGGGUCAUUAUUCUAGAAGGCUGUACGAUAGAACUGGCCGAGGAUGUUGAUAAUUUCAUGUUCAUGAUCAACUUUGCCGCCAGCGGCUCCAGGACCUACUGUCUCAGUGCUCACUCUCAGGAGGCCAUGGAGUCUUGGAUGAAGGCUUUGUCCUGUGCCGGAUAUGAAUAUAUGAGACUGAUGGUGCUGGAGCUUCAGAGCAAACUCCAGGAGAUCUCAUCUAACGCAGAUGCAAAUCUUUUCGUCAACGCUGACAGAGACAGUCGCAUUUUAGGCCGGGUGUAUGGUGAAGUUGCAGAUGAUGCCAGUUUGAGAACCUCAGCAAAAUCUCUAACGCUGGCAGUGCCAAAUAAACAACGUGUUAACCCCUUUAAUAAUUUAGACCUCAGCGGGGAACAUGACCCUGGCGAUGCCUUCCGUCCCAUGUUGAAAGUUCCGGCUGUGGAAAUUGUUACUUGGUCUCUUCUAGGUCUGCACACUUUUGCAGAAAUGCAUGAAUUUGUCAAACAGCAGAUAGAUGAGUGUACACUUGACAACCACAAUACGGGUGCUUGA